GUCAUUCCAACUGGCCAUGUCGGAUCUCCGCUGCCCGUGACGGUGACGGGCACCCCUGCCCGUCGUCCCUCAAAAAAAGAAUGAUAAAAAAUAUUGUACUGCGGGGCCCACACUCCCUCCAGGCGAAAAAAGCUUCUUCUUCCCCAUCCCUCCCCACCUUCCUUCCCAUCGCCAUUUUAUUACCCUUCCCCAUCCUCCUCUUCCGGGGAUCUCUCUUCUCUCGUCUCCUCUCUUCUCUCUCUCAAAUAAUUUUAAUUGGAUCGAAUUCAAAGGAAUUGUUUUCGCGCGGUGAUCUGUUCGAAUUUCCCAUUCCGUGAAGAGGAUUUUUCGCUAGACAUGGCCGAGAUUUGCUGUGGGUUUGUUGGUGACAGUGACGCAGCUGCUCCGGUGGAGCCGAGCGUGAAGGCUUCACGGCGGAGGAGGUUGGACCACCGCUCAUUCUCGCUUGCCGCGGAUUUGACGGCCUCCCCCGACGACACCAGCCGGAAACAGCGCAAGCUCGUUCCGUCCGGCGGUGGUGCGAGUAGUAGUAGCUCGGCCCCGCGUGAUUGCCAGAACGCCGUUGAGAAUUCCAGGCCGAGCGGCGGGGGAGCGAAUUUCGUGGGGCAGGAGGGUGAGGUGGGUGAUUCGGUGGCGAAUGAAUCAGCUGUGAGGCCGGAGCAGAGUUGUGCAGCUCCGGCUCCGAAAUUUGGCUUGACUUCGGUUUGUGGUAGGAGGAGGGAUAUGGAAGAUGCGGUGACUGUGCAGGCAUCAUUUGGCCGGGAAGGGACUUCUUUCUUCGGCGUGUUUGAUGGCCAUGGCUGCUCUCAUGUCGCUAUGAAGUGUAAAGAUCGGCUACACGAGAUAGUGGAGGAAGAAAUCCGGAGCUACGGCCAGGAGAAUUCAAUCGAAUGGAAGGAAACCAUGGAGCGGAGCUUCGCCAGGAUGGACGGCGAGGUCGGAGACUGGAGUACCGACGAAGCCGCAAAGGCCACCGCUUGCCGAUGCGAGCUCCAGACUCCGCAGUGCGACGCCGUUGGAUCCACCGCCGUCGCCGCCGUGGUGACCCCGGACAAAAUCGUCGUCUCCAACUGCGGCGAUUCCCGUGCCGUCCUUUGCCGUAACGGCGUCGCUGUCCCGCUCUCUUCCGAUCAUAAGCCUGACCGGCCCGACGAGUUGCUCCGGAUUCAAGCCGCCGGCGGCCGAGUAAUCUACUGGGACGGCCCGAGAGUCCUCGGAGUUCUGGCCAUGUCAAGAGCAAUCGGGGAUAACUACCUGAAGCCAUACGUGAUUCCGGAGCCGGAGGUGACCGUCACAGAACGAACAGGAGACGAGGAAUGCCUAAUCCUCGCAAGCGACGGACUAUGGGAUGUGGUGUCGAACGAUACCGCUUGCGGAGUCGUUCGGAUGUGCCUCCGAGCACAGAAGCGGCCGUCGCCGGCGGCAGCGGAAGGAUCUCCGGCGAGCGAGGCCGCCGUGGGGAGCGGGUCCGAUAAGGCGUGCUCCGACGCCUCCAUGUUGCUGACAAAGCUGGCACUCGCCCGGCACAGCACUGACAACGUCAGCGUCGUGGUGGUUGAUUUGAGACGCAAGUCCAAACCUGGAAAACCUUGAUUGGGCUCGGAUUUUGAAAAAAAAAAAGAAAAAAAAAGUGGAUUGGGGAAUGGCGGGAUUUAAUAUAUAUCUACAGUUCUAUACGUAUAUAGAUUAGAACCAGUUUUAGGCUUUCUGGAAUCAAAAGAACAGAAGGUUUUUUCCUGUCUGUUUUAGUUUUUUCCUAUGAUCUUCCUAUGGAACUGCAGAAAUGUGCAGAUUCUGGGGAAGAUUAUGUAAGUGGGGAUAAUUGGGAUACUUGGAGAAUAUAUGAAAUCAAAGUCU